AUGGUCCAGGAUCAAGAAGUCUGGUUUAUCACCGGCUGCUCAUCGGGUCUUGGUGCGGCACUGGCAAAGCAGGUCUACGAAUCAGGCAAUGUUAUCGUGGCGACGGCUCGAAAGCUCGAGAUGAUAGACUACUUACCCGACGAUUCCCGAGUUUUGAAACUCUCACUUGAUGUCACUUCCCGACCACAGGUCGACAAAUGCAUGGCAGAAACAAUAAAAAAGUUCGGGCAGUUGGAUGUUGUCGUCAAUAAUGCAGGGUAUGGGCUCCUUGGCGACACCGAGAGCAUUCGCGAUAUUGAUGCUCGAGCACAAAUGGAGACGAAUUUCUGGGGGUUGGUUAAUGUCACCCAGGCUGCCCUGCCAUUAUUUCGGUCAGUCAAAACAAGAAGAGGUGGUUUGUACGUUCAGAUCAGCUCUAUGGGCGGAAGAGUAUGUUUUCCAGGAACGGCAUACUACCAUGCCAGUAAAUUUGCUUUAGAGGGAUACACAGACUCGCUUUCCAAAGAAAUGCACCCGGACUGGAACAUCAAGUUCCUUAUCAUCCAGCUUGGAAGCCUCCGAAGCGAUUUUGUGUCCAAGCGAGAGAUGGGACAACGCCAUCCGGCUUACCUUGACCCGGGAUGUCCAUACAACAAGUUUGAGGAAUAUACAUCCAGCAAGGAUGCGAGUAAAGGCUGGGGAAAGCCGGAGGAUUAUGCCAAAGUCGUCUUCGACGCCGUUCAACAGCGCGGUGAAAAAGGCCUUCCACUGAGGCUUCCUCUCGGUGCGGAUGCCUACAACGUCAUUCACUCCCACGUCCGAGGGAAUCUAACAGAGCUUGAAGAAUGGAAGGCGAUAUCAAUCAAGCCUUCUCCCGACACAAUCACUCGGUCGGCAGACUUUUUUACCUCUCUACGUUGA